AUGCAGCUCAACUUCAUUAGCGGCCGUUCCUACCAUUCUCUCGCGCAGUACCCCGUUUUCCCGUGGAUCCUCGCCGACUACACCUCCAAAACCAUCGAUCUCAACGAUCCUGCAGUGUAUCGCGAUCUCUCCAAGCCGGUGGGCGCGUUGAAUCCGGACCGACUGAACGGCUUUUUAGAACGCUUCGAAUCGCUGCAGGCGAUGGGCGAAACAUCCGUUCCGCCGUUUCUCUACGGAACGCACUACUCAACUCCGGGCUACGUGCUGCAUUAUCUCGUGCGGCUCGAGCCCUACACGCUGUUCCACAUCGAUCUGCAGAACGGUUGUUUCGACGAGUACAACCGAAUCUUCAAUUCGGUGCAGGGCGCCUGGAUGAGUUCGCUGAAUUCCCAGGGCGACGUGAAGGAAUUGACGCCCGAAUGGUUCUGUCUCCCCGACUUCUUCCGCAAUGCUUCGCAUUUCCCGCUCAAUGACGCGGAGCCUUCCGCGCCGUGCGACGUGAUUUUGCCGCCGUGGGCCGACGACAAUCCGGAGAAAUUCAUCGCGAUCCAACGCGAAGCGCUGGAAAGCGAUUACGUGAGUCUGCAUCUCCACGAAUGGAUCGAUCUGAUUUGGGGCGUCAAUCAGCGCGGCGACGAAGCCGUUUCCCACCACAAUCUGUUCUUCAACAUCACCUAUGUGGACGAUUUGGACAUUCAAUCGGUCGCGGACGAGUCCUUGCGAGCCAACAUGCUGGUGCAGGUCGCGCAGUACGGACAGACGCCUUCCCAAUUGUUCACUUCUCCGCAUCCUGCGCGCUCUCCGCAGGCCGUCGCCGAGUUUAUUCCGCAGCAUUUGUAUCGACUGCGCCACAAAGCCGCGCUCCAGUCCAUUCUGGUGCUGCCCAAAUCGAUCCUCUGCGUUGAUUCGCUCGGCCGAUACAGUCUGCACCAGCUGAAUUCCGCGGAGAGGGAUCCCACAAACUUCCCGGUCACCAUUCUCCCCAGCGAGAAGCACACAAAGCGGAGUAUUGCGGGCGUCACCACGGCGACACGCUUCAGUCUGGUGCCUUCGGAGAACGAAGAAGUGAACGCGGUGAUUUCCUUCGGCGAUCUGGACGCUUUGGCGCACGUCGCGUGGCUGAACGGCCUGGCGUCGACGAAAACCGAAUCUCUGUCUUCCCAUUUUGAUUCCAUUUCGUGCAUUUCCCGCGAUGAAAACGUCUUCGCGAUGGGCGGACGCGACGGACUCGUUUCUGUCUGGCAGAGCCGCGUUCGCUCGGCGAUGCUGCGCUUUUCGUUCAGUUCGUCGCUCGACGCGAAGAUGGAAUUGGUCCAGAUGCUGUCGGGACACCGCGGGGAAGUCGCGUGUGUGGCGAUCGACGCGUCGCUCCAAGUCGUAGCGGCGCUGGACAGCACGUGCUGCGUGACGCUGCACAGCUACGCGACAGGCGAAGUGCUUCGCGCGAUUUCGCUGCAGCCGAUCGUGGCUUCGCUCUGCAAAGAGAAGGUGAAGCAUCUGCGCCCUGAGGGAAUUCAGUGCGCGCUGAACGGACUCGUGGUCGUGCUGCUGCGGUUUAAGCAGAAGCAUGAGGCGAAGCAGAUGUUUGUGGUCUUGAAACGGAAUGGAAGCGUGAUGUGCUCGCUGGUGGUGCCGGAAGUGGGCGUGCUGGGUUCGUUUUUGUUGUAUCACAACCAGCUGCGCGUUAUUUAUUGCCACCAAGAUGGAUUUGUGAUGCGAGAUUUGAAGGAUUUGAAGGAGGUUGGCCGGAUUGAUUGCAAGCCGCCUGCUCCGUAUUCGACAGUUUGCUUCUCUGAAAGAGAACAGAUUCUUUUGGCCGGACUUGAGAAUGGAGAUAUGAUCGUAUUUGGCUUGUGUACUGUUUGUUUUACAUGA